UAAUUCUCUCUCUCUUUCCUUCGUUUCAGAAAUAUUUGAUGGAGUUCGGCUACGUUAAUGGCCCAAGUUUAGAGAUGGAAAAUCUGAUGAGCGAAGAGGCUCAGGUGAAAGCAAUCCGUAGAUUCCAGGCUUUUGCUAAUUUACCCCUCACAGGACGUCUUGACCAUCGGACAAUAGAAUGGAUGGAAAAACCUCGAUGUGGAAAUAAAGAUACUUUACCGGAUGAUACGUGGGGAAAUGCGAGAAAGAAGCGAUACGUUAUAUCUGGAUCGCAAUGGGAGAAGACGAAUCUGACGUUCAGGUUCCUAAACUACAGUCCUGAUGUGAAGUUUACCAAAAUCCGGACCGUGAUAUAUGAAGCUUUCCGCGUCUGGAGUCAGGUGACCCACCUCACUUUUACCGAGAUUAUGUUUGGAUCAGCCAAGAAGGAUGCCGACAUCCGGAUUAUGUUUGCCCAAAAGUUCCAUCAUGAUGGAUAUCCAUUCGAUGGACCAGGCAAUAUUCUGGCUCACGCAUUCUUCCCGGGUGAAAACAAAGGAGGAGACGCACAUUUUGAUGAUGACGAGAAUUGGACAGUCGAUUCUGAUGAAGGAGUGAACCUGUUUAUGGUAGCAGCUCAUGAGUUUGGUCAUGCUUUGGGUUUGUCCCACAGCAAGACCCCAGGAUCACUGAUGUAUCCAUGGUAUGCCGGAAAACAGUCAAAAUAUUAUACCCUCCCAAAAGAUGAUGUUGAGGGCAUCCAGAAACUUUAUGGUGUUAAAAACAGUAAUAACACACCUGUGAUAGUUUUAGUCCCUAAUCAUGAAGGAUCUAAAGAUGAUAAAGAGGAGAAAAAUGAAGAAGAAGAAGAUGAUAAUAAAGACGAAGGCUUCGUUGAUGAUUGCACCCACAAAUUCGACGCUAUUACCAGAAUUAGAGGUGAUGUUUACAUCUUCAAAGGAAAGUAUUUCUGGCGUUGGGAGUCUGGAGGCAUGAAAGACAGUUCUCCAAUACUAAUAACACAGUUUUGGUACAACUACCCGGAAGAUAGUGUUGAUGCUGUCUUUGAACGGAAGAAAGGUUCCAAAAUUAUGUUCUUCAAAGGUAACAAGUACUGGUUGUAUGAUGCCAAUCAUAUGGAGAAAGCUUGGCCCAUUGAAGGCCGACCCUUGACAGAGCUUGGUCUGCCAGCAGACCUAAAGAAGAUCGAUGCAGCUUUCACCUGGAGCUACAACAAACGUACUUACCUGGUCAGUGACGAUAUGUACUGGAAGUUUGACGAGAACGAAAAUUAUGUUGUCUAUGACUACCCACGAGAUAUGAAAAUUUGGCAAGGAGUCCCAACACCACUUGAUGCAGCUUUCCAGUUUAAUGAUGGAAAGACAUAUUUCAUAAAAGGCAAACAUUAUUGGGAAUUCCUAGACAGUCAAAUGCGUGUGAAGACAAAACAACCAACUGGCAAUAAUUCCGAACGUUGGAUGCAGUGCAAGACACCACCAAAGAACAUAGGAUUUUCAAAACCCAGCCAUGAAGAGACCACUCCUUCAAAGGGUUUCUCUGCCCACUCUCUAAUGGCACUACCAAAUCUAGUGCUUCUUUCUCUCCUCACCUCAUACUUAUAGCUCGCAUCUCUGCUGUCUUUACUAUCAAAUCACGCUAUUGUUGCUCUUGGCAUUCUUGUUGUUGUUGCGACCUGUUUUACAAUCUUUCGCAUUCUCUUUUCGCAUUUUUUCUCAAAAAAAAAAUAUUAUUAAUUCAAAAACAACAAUUAUUCCCUGCCAAGAAUUUCAUUUUGCUUUUAUUUUCUUUUUUUUGCAUCUCAAUGGAUUAAAGAGGAAUUUAGCUUUCUUACAGUGAAACCCUCUCUUUAUUUCUCUAAACAACGGAAACUGGGGAAUUUUAAAAGAAAGGAAUUCAAUGAAAACUGAUUUAACUAUAAAUACCAUACACACACACAUGCACACACACACACACACACCAGAUUAUAUAUAUAUUUAUAUAUAUGUGCGUAUAUAUAUAUAUAAUGUGUGUGUGUUGAUGGAUAAAGACAUGGCUGUAUAUAUAUAUAUAAUAUAUAUAUAUAUAUAUAUAUAAAUGGCUCUCCACUGGUUUCGAUGGUGACUAAGUCACCUUUUCGAUCAACUAAAUUAUAUUCUCAUAUUAAAAUGUGGCUGGCUUCAUAUAAUCCACAGCCAGAAUCAGGUGAUAAAGCUGGCCCUUUAAAUUACAGAUGCAGCCCAACUGACAAGCUUCCAAGGAACUGAGUGUGUAUGUCUAUGUACACACACACACACACACACACACACAAACACAAACACACACACAUGCGCACACACGUGCACACACACACACACACACACACACACACACGCACGUGCACACACACACACAAGUUUUAUAACAAGGCUAACUUCAGAAGUUAUCAGAAAAAGGAUGUCAAUUCAAUACUCAGAUCUAAAAAAAAAUAUGUAUCACUAUUAAAAUAUUAUA